UGUCAUCGUGACGAGCGGAAUAUUUCACGCAUAUUUCUCAUACAUGCCCUGGGCAGUUCGCUUCUCGCGGCACGCAGUAAACAGAGUCGGGAUUGAGUCUUGCUUGCCGCGCAAGAGCUGCCAGAGCGGUUCCGAGUGCCUGACGGACAAGACGAAGUUUUUGCGAAGGUACUCCCGCUGUAGAUCAGAGCGGACGCGAGUUCAACGUUCUCCAGAAGCAUGAAUAAGUCGACUCGCGCGUGAAGUCCUGACUCCACGUGACUUUCAUUCUCGCAGCAGUGAAGACGCUUGAACUGGAUCGAAGUAAUUCGCGAGUAGUUUUUUCUUUCUGUUUCUUGGUGCCCGUUCGUAUCGGUGUUUGUCACGUUCGGUACUCUGAUAUUCCGUGUGAAUUGCGCGCAAAAGAGCGAUGUGAGUGCCGCGGUUUGUGUAAAACGAGAGCACAGUGCCGAAAGUGGAAAUUUUUUUAUUGUUAAAAGACUUUAAGUUAGAUAUUUAUACGCUGCGCAGCGUGCAACACAUACACACACACUAAAGAGAGGAAGAGGUCGAAGUCACAAGCAUCGUCUCUCGGGUUACACGAUGCGAAACGGAAAUCGAAACGCCGCGCUACCAAACGUGACCAAAACUUGUUGGCAGCGGAUGUAGCAACGUUUGCCAUCGACGUCCAUCGCGCGUCCAUUGGAGAGAUUUCAAUUAGCGGAGAUACCAUAGAAUUUCGAUAUUGGCUGCACGCGACCCAAGGUGGAUCAAAAUGAGUCUCGACAUAAGCGAGGAGAGUGAUGCCAUGCUGGGCUACAAUUCGGCCAAGUACAAGUCAACCGACGUUGAGAAUAAUAAUAACAAUAACAAUGAGAAAAAUGGCAAGAGCGUUCAGCAGAAAGAGGAAACGGCCGUCGUGUACUCGUCAAAUUUGAAGGGAGUGCUUGCACAGUGUUUGGUAACGGGCGCAGUAUUGUUGCUGGCAACGGGCGGCGGCAUGCCAAUCGGUUACAGCGCUGUCUUGCUGCCACAAUUAGCAGAGGAGAACAGCACCCUGCACGUGGACCGCGAUAUGGGCUCCUGGAUAGCCGCAGUUCACAGUCUGGCAACUCCCAUCGGCUCGCUGUUGUCAGGACCGUUCAUCGAUUCAAUCGGUCGACGAGGCACUCUGCAACUGUCGGCGAUUCCUCUGUGCAUAGGCUGGUUGAUCAUCGGUUUCUCGAGAAACGUGACUACUCUCUUAGUAGGAAGAUUCGUCUGCGGUGUUUCCGUAGGGCUUAUGGCGGUCCCGGCACAGGUGUUAGUGGGUGAAAUGGCGGAUCCAGCCCUCCGUGGCUUCCUGGUGGGUGGCGCGUUCGCCUCGUACUGCCUGGGUAUCCUGCUGGUUUACGCUUUCGGCGCCUCUUUUAAUUGGGACAUCGUCGCCUUCUGCGCCAUCGUGGCUCCCCUUCUGGCUUUCGCCGCUCUCUGCUCGGUGCCGGAGAGUCCCGCCUGGCUCGUUAGACGGAAGAAAAUAGAACAGGCCAGGAAAGCCCUUCUGUGGCUCAGAGGCGGUGAUAUCGAACAGACGAACGCGGAGAUAACGCUUUUAGAAGAAAGGAUGCAGGCCGAUCUCGCUGCGAAGCCCGUAGACGCCUCGCUGAAGAGGAGGAUCUCGUCGGCGAUAUCUAUGAUCCGCGAUCCCGGUGUGUUGAAACCACUGAUCAUCAUUAAUGUAUUCAACGUGCUUCAAUUAACCAGCGGAACAUACAUCAUCGUCUUCUACGCCGUCGACAUGGUCAAAGAUAUCGGCAGUGGCAACGUGGACAAUUACUUAGCAGCUGUGGUGACGGCGGGCAUCAGGAUGCUCUUCUCUCUCGUCGCUUGCGUUUUGCUACUUAAGAUGGGCAGGCGAGCCUUGGGCAUCGUUUCGGCGCUCGGCACGGCCUUGGCCUCGUUGGCCCUCGCGGGAUACAUGUGCGCCACGCAGGGUGGAUCCUCCGUGGACCCUUACGUAUUAGCUGUGUGCCUGUUGUUCUACGUCGGUGCGAACACCGUGGGGCUGCUGACCCUACCCGGACUGAUGACCGGUGAACUGAUGCCCCUGAGAGCUCGGGGCAUCGGCGGUGGAUGCAUCUUCUUCGUCUUCAAUCUAUGUUUGUUCUUCGUUACCAAGUGCUUUCCAUGGCUGAGCGACAUGGUCGGCAUGAUGGGUAUCUUCGUCAUCUUCGGCGUCUCCGCCCUUAUGGAAGCCGUUUUUAUUUAUCUCGCGCUGCCGGAGACGAAGGACCGCGCGCUACAAGAAAUCGAAGAUUACUUCCAACAAAGCAAUCUGCUAUGGGUAACCAGGACGCGGGAGAGGAAGAGAGAGGUGCUCGUGUCUGCAAACGAUGCCUGAAUAUUUAAUCUUCCUGGUCGUGUGUGUAAAUACCAGCGAGAUAGGAUGUUUAUUGUAAUUUAUACGACUGCGAUACUGUGUGACGUAAAUUGUAGAACAAAUUUUUAUAUCAUAAUUAUUUUGUAAGAUGCGCGCUCUCUAUUCCUGCGGAUACAUGUAUAUCGAGUGAAACUUGCGCAAGUGAGCGAUACACAAGCAACAACAUGACGUGAUCGUUGUAAGUAUACCGUUUAGUUGUAAGUAGAAAAAUGUAUUUAAAUUUUACGAUUGAUAUUUGAAUAAAACGGAUAUUUCUGA